AUGGCUGUCAACAACGCUUUUCUCUAUGCCGCCACCAUCGGUGAUGCAACCACAAUUGAGAAUGAAUAUCUCAGAAAUAAAGCAAUCCUUACUGCCAAGGAUGCCAAUGGUCGGACAGCCCUCCACCUAGCAGCACUCCACCAAGAUGUGAAGGUCGUCGAACUACUACUAAACUAUGGGAUCGAGCCAUCAACGGCCGACAACCGGGGCCAAGCCGCAUUACACAUCGCAGCCGAGCUAUCCUCUCUCCCCGUUGUCGAGCUGCUCCUUAAGAGAGGUGCUAAUUGGUCGAUCCGAGACCAUGACGGCAAUACGCCACUCUCCUACGCCUACCAGCAGUACUCCCUGGACGUCCUGAGCUGUUUCCUACAGUACACACCGGCCUAUCCCACCGAAGUUCCCUGUGGCCUGACUCCAGAAAUCGUUCUUCGAUCCUCCGCGAACAGGAAAUGGACUGCUCUCCAGAUAGGCGUCAACGCGCACGGCCGCUAG